ACACUAUAAAUAUGUCCUUCCAUUAGCCCUUCAAAGCACACGAACAAAAGAAACACACUAAACCAAGAAACUUUCUCUCACCGAUCUUUGAUCUUCUCCAAAAACCAAUCAAGAGAAUGUCUCUGAUUCCAAGCACCCUCUUCGGUGGCCGGAGAACCAACAUUUUCGAUCCCUUCUCUCUCGAUAUCUGGGAUCCAUUUCAGGACUUCCCUUUCACAAGCACUGCUCUUUCUGCUCCUCGUUCUGAGUUAUUGAACGAAACGGCAGCGUUUGCCAACACCCGCAUAGACUGGAAAGAAACACCAGAAGCUCAUGUAUUCAAGGCUGAUCUUCCAGGGCUAAAGAAAGAGGAAGUGAAAGUGGAGAUAGAGGAAGGUAGGGUCUUGCAGAUAAGCGGAGAGAGAAGCAAAGAGAAAGAAGAAAAGAAUGAUAAGUGGCAUAGAGUUGAAAGGUCAAGUGGUAAGUUCUUGAGAAGGUUUAGGCUACCAGAGAAUGCAAAGGUUAAUGAGGUUAAGGCUAGCAUGGAAAAUGGAGUCUUGACUGUGACAGUGCCUAAAGUGGAAGUCAAGAAACCGGACGUUAAGGCUAUUGAGAUUUCUGGUUGAAACUUUUAGUUAUGUUUGAGUGUGUCUAAGUCUAAAUGGUACCCAUCCAUCCAAUAAAAUAAAUAGAUGUGUGUAAUGGGUUUGUUGUUGUGAGCUUGUUUCCUUAUGGAGUUGCUGUUUUUAUUAUGUAAUCUGAGUUUUCGUUAAUAAAAUGUAAGUUUUUCUUUUAA